GCUGCGCGGCCGCGGAGGGGCGGGGAGCCCGGCCUGCGCCGGCGGGGGCGGCGGGCUCGCCCAUGGGCCUUUCCAGAAGCAAACACGCCCCCAGGAGAGGUGAGGAGCAAAGGAAGGCGCACGCCGGUUCAGUCCCCGAACCUAAGGACAAGUUGGCGGAGCAGCGUCCCCAGGAAGCCAGGCCGGCGGAAAGGGAGGGCGAGAAGCCCGCAGACCCCGGUCCCGGGGCGGACGCGGCCAAGCACCUCCUGCCGCCUUCGGCUUCCGGCGAAGGUAACUGGUUCAUGAGGUGCUCAGUGGGGAGCAAAGCUGCAAACCAGUAUGAGCACAUAACUGUGUUCCUGAGAGAGCGCGCCUGUGAGCCUGUGCAGAGCGAGGAGUGUCCUCUCCAUCGUGCCGUAAGAGGCCCGAAAGGACGCAGCCCAGGCUGCAGCAGUGGCUGCCUGGGGGGCAGGCCAGGAGCCCUACUGCUUCUCUACGUGGUAACAUUUGACAGGCUGGGCGGUUCACAGGUCUUACCCAUUCCUUGUAACCUUAACAAGUUUAGGAAUGUGUGGGGAACAUCGGAAGUGUACACUCCUAGACCAUUCUAAUCAAUAAAGUUCUGUAUAGGAAGCUGCUUGUACCAGAAUUAUUGAUAGAAUCCUUUGGAAAUUGCAUUUCUGAACCCUACACUCUGAGGCAACCCCUGCUUGGACACGUGACCUCUCUCCCUCCUGUUUCUGUCACCCUGAAGCCAUCCUGCAGCGCAGCCAUUCCACCGUGGAUCGUGGAAGCCCUUCUGUUUUCUUCCUUGAAGGAGGGCAUCUAGUAUUCCCAAACCCACUGAAGCUCUGGAAUGUUCCUUGACAGUUUUGAUCACGUUUGGCCUAGCCCAUUUCUUUUGCCGCUCACCAUGGAUGUAACUCCUUUGCUCUGACGGGCACUAUCUGCAAUGUGAAAGGAGUGUCACAGGGACCUACUGAGUGUCUGGAUG